AUGGCUAAUUCUAGUUCCUCUGGCCUACCACUGUCGUCCUUGGACUCGAUUAAACCUGAGAAUUUUGAUGGGACUGGCUUUAAGCGCUUGCAGGUCUGGAUGAGGCUAUGGUUGAUGGGGCUUGGACUUUUCUGGGUCCUCACCGAAGAUCCGCCUGCCCCUUUGGGGGAAGCUAUGCAAGACGUGGUCGAAAGAACGCGUCUCAACACGUUAAGGGCCCGUUGGGAGAAGACUAAUGCCUCAGCCCAAGCACGCCUCUUGGCUGUCCUAUCGAACAGGCUCUUCGACAUCUACGUGGGGCUCAGAGAAGCACGAAAGGUGUGGUCGGAGCUGAAUGACAAGUAUGCUAAAAGCGACAACAGCAAUGAGUCCUUCAUGGUGGCCAGUUACCUGAACUUUCGAAUGGGAGAUGCCAGAUCAGUCAUGGAACAAAUCCAUGAGUUGCAGCUGAUCAUGCGAGACUUAGGCCAGUAUGGAUGUGUCCUCCCUGAGAAUCUUCAGGUUAAUGCCAUCCUUGCCAAAUUGCCUACUUCUUGGCAUGACUUUGUCACUGUACGUCGGCACUUAAAGCAGCGAUUGACUCUUAAUGAUCUCAUUGCUAUUAUAAAUGUCGAGGAGAAGUCCAAGGCAGACUAUGGUGGGGUGAAGGCGCCUGCUCAAGCUAACCUUGUCGAGCACAAGAACAAGCCUAGGAGGAAUGUGAAGAAAGGGAAGACCAGGCCUGGAUUCACAGGACUGAAGGCUAAUGCUAUGAAACUGGCAAAGGUGACUCGACUUGUGGGGCGCAGAUGGUGGAUCCGUAUUGAUGGGGAACGGGGUCUCAGUAGUAGUACGCGGAGUAGGAUAAGUGAGCUUCAAGCUGACUUUCGGCAAGAAUCUUGUCCUUAA